CCGUCACUUCCUGCCGGGCCCCGUGGAGGCCCUGCCGGGCGGCGGCGACGGCCCUAAGCCAUGGUGGCUCUGGAGAACCCAGAGGGCGGCUCGGCGGCGGCGGCAGCAGGGGUCUCCCCCGGCGCGCGGCGGAUGCUGCCCCUGCCGGGCUGUUUGCCUGCUCUGGCUGGCUCCCAGGUGAAGAGGUUCUCAGCCUCCAAGCGGAAGCAGCAUUUCAUCAACCAAGCAGUGCGGAACUCAGACCUUGUGCCCAAGGCCAAGGGGCGGAAGAGCCUCCAGCGCCUGGAGAACACCCAGUACCUCCUGACCCUGCUGGAGUCCAGUGGGGGCACGCCUGGCCCAGAGGAUGGGGACCUGGCUCCCCCUGCAGCACCUGGCAUCUUUGCUGAAGCCUGCAACAAUGCGACCUAUGUUGAGGUCUGGAACGACUUCAUGAACCGCUCGGGGGAGGAACAGGAGCGGGUCCUCCGCUAUUUGGAGGACGAGGGCAAAAGCAAAGCUCGGAAGAGGGGACCUGGCCGAGGCGAGGACCGGAGGCGAGACGACCCGGCCUACACCCCACGCGAGUGCUUCCAGCGGAUCAGCCGGCGCCUGCGAGCCAUCCUCAAGCGCAGCCGCAUCCCCAUGGACAUGCUGGAGACCUGGGAGGACCGGCUGCUCAGCUUCUUCUCCGUGUCCCCCCAGGCCGUCUACACGGCCAUGCUGGACAACAGCUUCGAGAGGCUCCUACUUCACGCCAUCUGCCAGUACAUGGACCUCAUCUCGGCCAGUGCCGACCUGGAGGGCAAGCGGCAGAUGAGAGUCAGCAAUCGGCACCUGGACUUCCUGCCGCCAGGGCUGCUCCUGUCCGCCUACCUGGAGCAGCGCAGCUGA